AUGUCAGACGUAGAAGUUGAAAUUCCAACGACGUUUAAAAAAAGAAAUUUAAAGAUUAGAGGAGGAAGAAAACGUAAAAAUUCAAGUUCCGAAGAAAAUAACUCUUCAGAUUCCAAUGAGCAAAUAGUGGUGUUACCAACAAAGAAGCCACAAAAACCAAAUCCAAAUAUUCAGUCUACUGCAGGCCCAAAAAGACAAAAACCAGAGUUUGAAGUUGGCAAUGACAGUAGUAGCGAUGAGGAGAUCUCACGGGCCCGAACAACACUCUCAGUACAGCAGCAGCGAGAGAAUGCAACAGCAACUUAUGAAUUAGAUACGGAAAGGGAUAAAGAUGCUCAAACAAUUUUUGAGAAGGCCCAGAAAAUUAAUGAAGAGUUACAGGGACAAGCUGAUGAUAAGAUUUACCGCGGUAUAAACAACUAUGCACAAUAUUACAAAAAACGGGACACUGCAGCUGGUAAUGCCAGCUCAGGUUUGGUGAGGAAAGGCCCCAUUAGAGCGCCUGCCAACUUAAGGGCUACUGUGAGAUGGGAUUACCAACCUGACAUCUGUAAGGACUACAAAGAAACGGGAUUUUGUGGCUUUGGCGACUCAUGCAAAUUCCUUCACGAUCGCUCGGAUUACAAGCAUGGGUGGCAGUUGGAGAGGGAGGAAGUGGAGGGGAGCGCGGCCAGAGAUGCGGGGGGAAGUGGGGAUUCCGACUACGAGAUCCACAGCGAUGACGAACUACCUUUCAAGUGUUUCAUUUGCAGAAAUAGCUUCACAGAUCCCGUGGUAACAAAAUGCAAACACUACUUCUGCGAGAAAUGUGCAUUGGAUAAUUAUAAGAAAUCGACCCGAUGUUAUAUAUGUAACGCGCAAACCAGCGGUGUGUUUAACGCGGCUAAAGAGUUGGAAGCGAAGCUGAAGAGCAGGGAAGCCGAGCAGGACAGUGAUGAUGAUAAUGAUGAUGAUGACGAUGAUUGA